AUGGCAAAUGGAGCGUCGACGCCCACACCGACGCCUCAGUUCCCUACACAUAAUGCGCCGAGAGUGUGGUUGCUCACCUCAGGGGACAGCUUGAUGGGCAUCUCUAUCGCCCGCCGAAUCCUCGAUCACGGCGACUACGUUGUCUCCGGUAUCAUACCGGCUGACUUCGAAAGCGAGGGGACACGGAGUCAGAAAUUCAAAGCAUUUCUAUCUGAAGUCGGGCGGAAAAAUGGAUGGAAGGAACGAUUGAAAGUUGUCGCGUUAGAUGUGAGAGUCGUGGCACAAUGCCAAGCCGCUGUGGCCGAGGCUGUGCGUACCUUUCGCCGAAUUGAUAUUCUGUUCUGCUGUACCAGUGAAGCAGUCGUUGGGACAGUCGAAGAGCUCGCAGCUAAUCGGCGAACCUUGACGCUUGUGAGAGACCAGUUCGAGAAGAACUUCUUUGGCCCCAUGAACAUCAUCAAAGCCGUGAUCCCGCAAAUGCGAUCGCAAAUGAACGGCCAUAUUAUCGUUCUGACUGGAAUUACCGGCCACCUGGGCACGCCGGGCUUGAGCAUGUACUGUGCCUCGGGAUGGGCGCUGGAAGGCUUCUGCGACAGUAUUGCGUACGAAGUCGCACCAUUCAACAUCAAAUUGACUAUUGUCCAAGCUAGCGUCGAGAUUGGCAUUCUGACCAAUAAAAUCACCUCCGUACCUCCGAUGAAGGAGUAUUCCCGGGAGUUUGGCCACACGGCCCCCAUAUUUCGAGGGAUACUGGAUGGUCUGCUGAAUCGAUUACCUGGCAUCCGUGCUCAGUAUCCCCCCCCGCCUGAAAAGGAGAUUCAUUCACCCUCAUCGGAAGCCGAGAGGCAGAGUGGUCCCUACCUUCUAAGUCGUGACGAGGUGGUCAGUUUGUAUCCACCUCUCAGCCAUGCUCAUACCGAGAAACUGAUAGCGGAAACGGUCCACGCAUUAACGGCGAUCGGUGGGCAUGAGAAUCCUCCUGCAAGACACAUUGUUGGCGUCGAGGGGGUGGCGAGUGUGAAGGAAAAGCUCAAAACAGUAAGUGAAGAGCUGGAGGAAUUUGUGGAGACUAGCACGUCGGCCGACAUUGGCAGAUAUGGCACCAGUGCUGGACAAGCUUCCAGUGUGGUGGAUGUGGACAUCAAGGAUCUUGAAGGCGAGGCCUUGGAUGCCUCACUCGGCGUACAUUCUGGGCCAGAAAGUGCUCCGGGAUAG